CACAUACGUGUCAUUACUUUGUUUAAUUGGAAUCUAUGGUUGGUGGGUAAAGAUGGUGCAAUGUAUAUAUUCAUUUACCCUUUUCCUUUAUCUCUUACGUGGGAAAGAAUGGGGAGUUUUAUGAUGGGUAGGAAAAUAAGCUUAUGACUAGCUGAAUCCAUAUACACGUGUAACAAAACAAGCAUACUGAUUUUUUGGUUUAGACUUUCCAACCACUUAAGUAUGGGAAGAAACACACUUGGUGUCUUAUGUGUCAAUUGGGUGAAAACAUGCAGUGAGAAGUGAGGGGUAAUAUAUUAUCCCAUUGCCCUUUCUUCUGCCACGUAGCUGAAUAGGGUUAUAGGUUUUGUGAGGGUUUAUCAGUUGCCCCCUUACUAAUGGGGAUAGUAGGGAUCCUUAUUAGUAACCCUUCUCAUAUAAAUAGGGGAGAGCUUUCCCCUCACCAUUUAUUCCAUUCCACCCUUCCUCCCUCAUUAUGUUCCCCUUCAUCAGAUUAUGCGAGUGAGAGAGGUUAGCUCUACCUUCACAAAAUCUCAUGUUCAUGAGACAUACUGGGUGAAGAAAUCAUUUAUCUACCCAUCUCCAUCCUUCAGCCACCAAGUUGCUAGUUUUUCAUCAUUGGUCAAUUGAAGUUCAUUUUCAUCACACAAUUCUGCACCCACCAUUACUAUUGUUAAUCUUAAAUAAUUCUUCCUUCCCUUCAUCUACGUAAUGGUUUCCUUAUUUUUAUAUGAAAUUUGUUUAUCGAUUUACCAUUUAAUAAUAAUAUUUAUGUGUUAUUAUUUUUGUUCUUGGAGCUAGCAUGUCAAAAGAAAAGUCCUAUGCAUCUGAAUGCGAGGGAUUAUCUAAUCCACCAAUGCCUCUACGCCCAGUCCCAUGUUCGGAGCCAGUUCGUGGGAGGGGCGAACAACUAGUCCCUGGGGAAGGAUCAUCUGCCUCUAAUCGUCGAGACACACCAACAUUCUCUACCCAACCAUGGCAUGGUAUGUUUCAUUCCACAUCACAUUUCUCAGAAUGGGCUAUGAUAGGUCCGGGUGGACGUUUUAAUCGUAAUGAGAGUUGGGUACAAAGUACUUUGUUGCAAUUUGAUAUGUCGUGCCACUGGGAGUAUGCGGUCCCGAGUAUACUACCCUAGGCAAUCGUGGUGUGGGAUGGCAUGUUGUAUAUCGAGCAUCCCUCGAUUAUGGGCUUUGUUAACCAUUUCCGACGUGGCUAUGUGAUGUGAUGUGAUGUGAUGCGGGGAUCUCAUUUGACCUUAAGCACGGUGACACCAGGAUUUUGGACACUCGUUGCUGCUUUUCGUUUGGGUUGUCACAGGGCUGGUGUGUCACCCCUCAGUAGAGCUUUUUUAUGCAUGCUUCUACCUUCGUGGUGAAGCUAAUGGAUGGUCUCUUCAUAGUAAAUCUAAUGUGCUUGGCCUCGUGACUCCAUAUGGUCGUGCAGACCGGGGUUGGGAACGUGAGUUUUUCUAUUUCUUUCCAGCUUCAGGUGAACUUUCUUCUGAGGUUGUUAUGAUCCCUACUAAAUGGAGGGAUAUCGAGUUGGAAGGACUUCACAGACAAGCAGUACGUAGAGAAUACGUAGUACAGAGAGAGCUAGCCGCCAAAGUGAAAAGGAUAUCAGAAGGAGGGUGGAUUAACGUUGAGACUCCUGAGGCUCGGGCUAUCGUCUUUUUCAUGGUCUAUAAUGAUGGUACGUUUGGGUAUUGUUUGUUAAUAUUUGAGUGAUUCCUUAUUACCUAUAUGUUUUUUUUCGUUUUUGUUUUUGGAGCCUACUCGCGUUUUAGAGCAUGCGUGGAAAUUCAAGAGAAUGCCCUAUUUACCACGAGUUUACCGCCGCUUGUCCCCCGUCCUCAAAGUGGUGUGGUGAUCUGUGAAAUUUCCGAGGAGCCCGAACCAGCAGUGCCGCCGACUUCAAUUGGUGGUCAAAACAAACGAGUGCGUGGCUCCUCUCCAUAUCGAGGCAAGAAUUAUGGUUCAAGAAGGAAAUUCGAGAGUAGUAGCUCGAACCAUUCUGCCCGCGGGGCGAGCAGAGUCAUUUUCAGACGGCGAGAGCAUAUCAUAACUCAGAGUCCCAUCGCCGGGGUGGUCCAGGCACCCCAGGUAGAGGAAGGACAGAUGUCCCACUUGUUAUGAACUACCAAACCUUGCGUGAUAACGGGAGUCAAUUUCCUCCUCUUGAAGGCGAGGCUGCCAGUGUUUGCUUUGCGUUGUCGCAAAACUAGGUAACUUUAUUGUUAAUUAGUCAACGUAAAUUGCGAUGAGUUAACUAACCUUAGUGUUUCCUGUAGAUGAAUCAACAAAAUGUUGUAAGCGUAGAGCAUGAGCUUUAGUCGAGGAGCCAACUCACUAUUCUGUACCGGAUUUACUCCGGUAGUGGAGGUUUUGUUUGUUAAGGCCUCAAUCUGUUUACUCCAGUGGAGGUUAGUCGCCCGCUAGAGACUCAGAUUGAGAGGUUCUGAAGACCUUUAGUCGAGACUUCAGGCUGUUUAAGAACCUUCCGCAGUAUAACUAUCAUAGAAACUGAACUUGGUAAUUACAAUCCGGCUUAACUGCAGUCUAGGGGGAACCAUAUCCGGGUGACCUCUUUAACCUGAAUACAACCGUUUACUUGCUUUGUUAGUUUGAUAGUUUAGACUUGCAUUCCAGUUUCAUUGCUAGAUAACAAGAAUUCACUGAGUAGUCAUCAGAUCUAGGACCCGGGUUGACAUAUAAACCUAAUCCGCUAUACUACGCUUUAGGAAGUGGUUUCACUUGGCCAAUUCCUGGAGUGACAGUAGAGUCGAGUCAAGUUUUUGGCGCCGUUGCCGGGGACGGCUAGGUUGUUGAAGAAAAGUGAUUUCUGUUAAUUUAGCUUUUCUUUUUGCUUUGUUUGCUUUGUCCCACUUGUGCCUUCACGGGUUUGCUUGCUUGAGUGUGUGCAGGUAGUGCAUGACCCGUAGCCAGUCGGGAGGUUUACUGCCGUUGAAUCCAGAGAUUGAUCGCACCUGUCGCCGGCUCAGGAGACAACAGCGAGCUAGACUGGCUACGGAAGAGCGCAUAGACGGCCACGUGAGCAGUGAUUCUGAAGAAGAGCACGGGAUGGACGGAGAGUACAAUCAACACCAGGGGAAUCCUCAGCAGGCUCCCCCGGUGAAUCAGGUCCUGGGGAACAACCCCAUACCCCAGGAUCAUGGAGUUCAUCAUCCACCGCAGCCGGGUCCCACCUUGGAGUACUACUACACUCCUCGGAUUGCUGACAUCCGCCCGUUCAUCCUCUACCCGCCGAUCCCAGCAAACAACUUCGAGAUCAAGCCAUGCUGGAUUCAGCUCAUCACAUCCUCGAUCCAGUUUCAUGGCUUGAAGGAUGAGGAGGCCAGGGUACAUCUGUCCCGUUUUCUGCAGCUGACAAACGGGUUCAAGCUGAACGGUGUUCCCGAUGAUGCGAUCCGCCUUCAUCUCUUCCCACAUUCUCUGGCGGGGAAUGCUAAGAGGUGGUUGGAGACCCAGCCCCCAUUGUCCAUCACCUCUUGGGACGAUCUGGCGGACAAGUUCGUGCACAGGUAUUAUCCGGCAUCGAAGACUACAGAGAUCCAGCGGGAGAUCACUCACUUCCGCCAAGAGCCAGAUGAGUCACUUCGUGAUGCGUGGGAGCGGUACAUGGGCUAUUUCUGGCAGUGCCCCCAUCAUGGCUUCAGCGAUGCAUUCACAGUGGGGAACUUCUACAGUGCCCUCUCUCCAGAUAGCCAGAGGGUGAUUGAGUCUCUAUGCCCAGGAGGGGAUAUUCUCACUAAGACUCCACCCGAGCUGAACCAGAUGAUUAAUACAUUGGCUGCCAGAGAUCAUUCAUGGGGGCAGAGCAGCAGAGGCAGACAUUCCAGGGACCGUGGUGUGCACGCCAUGGAGACCAGAUCCGGGCUCGAGCAGCAGGUAGCUGAGCUGGUGCAGACAUUGAAGCAGCCCAACAGUCUUAUUUCGGGCAGAGGUUUGGCUACACCUGCCAGGAGCGGAUGUCUCGAGCCUCGUGCGGGGUAAAGCCAUGCAAGGGGGCUGGAGGUAGUAGGUGGAAAUUGGGAACGGAUUCCCGUCUCCCCUUACACACUUUCGUCCUAUUCGCACGGGAGACGUUAUUUUGAAGCACAUUUUCGAGCACCUGUUAAACUCAAAACAUGAUACAAGAGUCCAUGACAGGUAGAGAAUCCACAACACCACACAAUUCAAGGGUCCUAAGAUCACUAAUUCACUCAAUCAACCAACACAAUAUGAAGAAGAAAUGAGACUUCUUAAAUGCAUCAACAUCCUCCAUAGUGCUACACUACCUCCCUAGGUUGCAUAUUACUAUAAAGACUGUCAAUUCAAAGCAUACUGAGCAGGCAAUUGCAAGGAAACACGUACUUGGAGCCCUCAAAUUUAAAAAUUUGGACAGUGGACUAGGCUCCAAGCACACAAACAGAUCUAAUGCAUUCAAAAGAAUAGCGGAGGAGGAUGAUGGUGUGGGGAAGACUAAAGCGACAAAUGAUAU